AUGGACCUCGAGAAGCGCCAGUGCCCUGGAAUUCACGUCUUUGGUGCUCGAGAAACCACAGCACCACCAGGUUACGGUUCUUCUGCCACAGUUGUGAAUCUAAUUAUCAACGCUCAUCCAGGCACAACUGCUGAGGCCAUCAACUACCCAGCGUGUGGUGGUCAAGCCCAAUGUGGCGGUAUCAGUUAUGCCAACUCCGUGGUUGCUGGCAUCAAUGCCGUAGUGCAAGCCGUGACCAACUUUCACAACAGAUGCCCUAGCACCAAGCUCGUCUUGGUCGGCUACUCACAGGGAGGCCAAAUCAUGGACGACGCUCUUUGUGGAGGAGGUGACCCUGCCGAGGGUUAUCCCAACACUGCCGUUCCUCUGCCCGCUGCAGCCGUCAGCGCUAUCCGAGCCGCCAUCUUCAUGGGUGACCCUCGCUAUGUCCAUGGAUUGGCGUACAACGUUGGAUCUUGCCAAGCUCAGGGUUUUGCUCCCCGUAAUGUCGGCUUUGUUUGCCCCAGCGGAAACAAGAUCAAGUCUUACUGCGAUGCUUCGGACCCGUACUGCUGCAAUGGAAAUAACGCGAACACUCACCAGGGCUAUGGUCAGGAGUACGGCCAGCAGGCUCUUGCCUUUGUCAACAGCCUUCUCGGGUGA